AUGGCAGGGAUGUCAAUGUCAGGCAUCAUCAGCAGCAUCAUGCAUGAUCGAAGUUGGACCGAUGCGGUCAAGAUCGCUUUCGCGGGCAAAAAAGCACUUAACGCGUCCACCGGCGCGGCUACCCCAGCAACGGAGUUCUGGCAUGCGACUGGAGGACUUGGAGCCGCAGUUGCAGAUCUAAGUAUAGUCGAUGCGGCUGGUGGUUACUACGCCCUUGACCCAGAGGCUGGGGACGAAGUUAGAAUAGAUAGUCGCGCCGUUGUGAGCAGGCUCCAGAAUAGAGGAGAAGACUAUACGAGCCAUGCUGGAACUGGUAUGCCACUUGCAGUGAGGCUCAGACUGUGUUCUUUGUAUGUCAUCGUGGCAUUCCCCCCUGAAGGACACGUACAUCUCCUCAACAUAAUCUACCCAUUGGCGAGAAUAAUGGAUGACACCAGGCUGCUCCUCCGUACACAUCGCAAGGUCUUCCGGUUCGGGCCAGCCAAAGGAUUUUACCAGAAUCCGAACCUCCGCACGGAGCAAGGGUGUGGCGGUGGUAGCUUAUCCCGGAACCGAAAAGCCCCUAUUUAG